AUGGAGGUCACAUACACUGUCUUUCGUGGAGGGCCAGAGGGCAAGAUCUCCCAAGAUAAAGUCACUCGAGUUCUCCAAGAUCACGAAGUCUUCAUCGAGACCACGCAUUCCGGACUUUGUGGUACCGACGAGCAUUACCUCAAGUGUGGUCAGGUGUUGGGGCACGAAGGAAUAGGCAUUGUUCGCCAAGUUGGCAGUUGCGUGCAAUCGGUCCAGCGUGGUGAUCGUGUCGGCUUUGGAUACACCCACGAGAUAUGUGGAGUUUGCGAUAAUUGCGCCACAGGUUGGGACCAGUACUGCAGGAACCAGAAACAAUACGGCUUCCACGACCUCGAUAACGGGACCUUUAGCCACAACGCAGUUUGGGACGCAAAGUGCGUGUACAAGAUUCCGGAUGGCUACAAGUCUAUAUACGCGGCGCCGUUGAUGUGCGCUGGAGCUACCGUGUGGACUGUCUUGAGCGAGUAUGGUGUGCUCCCAACCCAGAGAGUUGGUGUUAUGGGUAUCGGGGGACUUGGACACCUUGCUAUCAAGCUUGCUGCUGCCAUGGGAUGUGAAGUUGUAGUCCUGUCCAGCUCGGAAACGAAGCGCCAGGAGGCUAUGGAUUACGGCGCCAGCGAAUACCACGCCUUCCGUUGUGGUGACAAGCCUCCUGUGAACUUCAAGCCCCUAAAGCAUCUACUCUUGUGCGGUAGCGCUUCUGUCGACUAUCUGAGCCUCAUCCCACUGAUGGAUACUCACGGCAGUAUUUACCCCUUGACGGUAGCGUUUGAGCCCGUGCCGAUUCCCCUUCUUGAUUUGGUAUGGAAAGGAGUCAAGAUCCAGGGCUCGCUAGUGGCUUCAAGGCACAGCAUUCGUACCUUAUUGGACUUUGCUGCUCGUAAGAACAUAAAACCGACCAUUGUGACGUUCCCACUUGAUGCAUAUGGUAUCGAAACUGCUAUGCAACAGCUAAGGGAAGGACAAAUUCGAUAUCGAGCGGUUCUUAUCCGCAGUAACAACGAGGAAUGGACAAGAGAGUACCAAGCAACGGUGCAGGAAGUCAAAGAAACGAAUUGCAAGGUUGAAUUGAACGGUAAGAGGAGGGUUGACAUUAAUGGUGCAGUAAACGGCAAGCAUAAGAUUACAAUGAAUGGUGAAGAGAAUGUUGCAAUCAAUGGCCAAGAGAAGAUUGAGGUCAAUGGUCGAAGGAAGGUUGAAGUGAAUGGCGGAGGGAUGGCGUAG